AUGGCUGCUGCAAACUAUCAGCGAUCUGAGGAUCAGUUUCUGUGCUCCAUCUGUCUGGAUGUCUUCACUGAUCCUGUGACCAUACCAUGUGGACACAACUUCUGCAAAAACUGCAUCAGUCAACACUUGGAUACUAUGGACCAGUACCUGUGUCCAAUGUGUAAAAAGGCUUUCAACACAAAACCUGAGCUUCACGUCAACACUUUCAUCUCUGGGAUGGUCGCUCAGUUCAGACAGUCAGCUCAACAGAAAUCCAGCAGCAGCAGCUCAGAGCAACAAGAGUCCAAACCAGGAGAAGUUUCCUGUGACGUCUGCACUGAAACCAAACUGAAGGCCCUGAAGUCCUGCCUGGUGUGUCUAACCUCCUACUGUGAGACUCACCUGGAGCCUCAUCAGACAGCUUCAGGACUGAAAAGACACCAGCUGAUCGACCCUGUGAAGAACCUGGAGGACAGGAUAUGUACGAAGCACGAUAAACCUCUGGAGCUGUUCUGUAAGACCGACCAGACAUGUGUCUGCACACUCUGUCCUGUUUUAGACCACAAAACACAUGAAUUUGUUCCUCUGAGAGAAGAAUAUGAAAAAAAGAAGGCAGAGCUGGGAAAUACAGAAGCUGAAAUCCAGCAGAUGAUCCAGAAGAGACAACAGAAGAUUCAGGAGAUCAAACAGUCAGUCGAUCUCAGUGAGAAAGAUGCAGACAGAGAGAUCGCAGAAG